AUGCAGAAGGGCCGCGGUGGCAAGCCCAUGCACGCAGUGCAUGUGAGGCUGCCUCUCUUCGUGACCCUGGAGAUUAACCGUUGGAAUGAGCCUGGGGAGGGGGACUACAUCAACGUCGCGAUCACGAUGUCUGCUCAGCCAGGGCAAGACGGCCACUGCGGGACCUUCAACGGCAACCAGGAAGACGACACGCGCGCAAUGAUCCGCUCCCGGCUUGGCACGACGGGCGUGGCAGCGGAACACCUCCUGUUCCACACGAAGACCCCGGUGACGGCUCCCAAUCGCCCGGACCUCAACGACUGCCCGCGGGAGAAGACCGAGCACGCCAGGGGCGUCUGCGCGGCGAGGGACCCCAAGGGCAUGCCGUCCAGCGAAUGCAUGAUCGACGUCUGCUUCGGCGGGGACGCGUUCGCGGACGAGGGCGCCUACGACUGA